UUCCAAUCUCUUUCAUUGUCGCGUUCAAUCGCGUUGCCAGGCUUCUUAAUGUAACCACCAUCAGCAACCUCUUGCAAAAACACAAUCCAUUGGAGCUCUGCAGCCAAUCGACACAAUGCCUCCCUCCUCGUCGCGCCGCGAGUCAGCAUCGAACAGUACAGACGGCAGCUCCCCGAAGUUCACGCCGUCGCCGCGCUCGUCGAAUUCCUCGAACAGCCUACCCGAGACUAGCGAGCCGAAAUCCUACGAAUUGCGACCGCUUGCUUCGAAUACCCUCGAUACAUCUAGAGACGAUGAAGAUGAGGACCUUAUACCGAGGCAACGGCGCGGUUCCGUGGACUCGGUGCAAAGCUUUGAGCUGUAUACUCCAGAUGAAGACAAGCAGGUUUUGCGGAAACUGGAUAGGAGGCUGGUGCUGUUUAUGGCGCUACUGUAUUGCUUGAGCUUCCUGGAUCGGUCGAAUAUAGGAAAUGCUCGCAUAGCUGGGUUGGCUGAUGAUUUGAAAUUGAGCUCCAAUCAGUAUGAGUGGCUGCUUUGGGCUUUUUAUAUCACGUAUAUUGCGUUUGAGUGGAUGACGCUCAUGUACCGUAUAGUACCGCCCCAUAUCUACAUCUCUAUUUGUAUCCUAUCCUGGGGUAUAGUUGCGUCGCUUCAAGCGUUGUCGACUUCAUUCGGCUUCCUCCUCGUGCUGCGAGCACUUCUCGGCAUUGGCGAGGCUGCUUUUGGACCCGGCGUGCCUUUUUACCUCUCGUUCUUCUUCAGACGGCAUGAGUUGGCCUUUAGGACCGGUCUGUUCAUCUCCGCAAGCCCACUCUCGGCAUCCUUUGCAGGAGCUCUAGCUUGGCUUAUUACCAAAGUCGGCAAGCACAGCCCCUUGAGUCCUUGGAGACUUCUGUUCUUGCUCGAGGGCUUCCCUAGCGUACUUGUGGCGGUGUGGGCGUGGGAUUUUGUGCCAGAUGGUCCAGGUGUCGUGAAAUGGUUGACGCCACGGCAAAGGAGAGUUGCUGUGUUGAGGUUGAGACAAGAGAAAGAAGAUGAGGAAGAGGAACACUUUGAUGAGAAACAUGCUGGAAAAGGGAAGAGCAAAGUCAACUUCCGCGAAGUUCUCCAGACGUUGAAGGACCCCAAGUGCUACCUCACUGCUUUCAUGUUCUUCAGCUGCAACGUCGCAUUCAGCUCAAUGCCCGUGUUUCUGCCAACAAUAAUUCGCGACAUGGGAUAUGAAUCAAUCACAGCGCAAGGUCUUUCGGCACCUCCCUAUCUGUUCGCGUUUGUCGUAGUCCUCGCAACGGCGUACUAUUCAGAUCGUCUACAGUCUCGCUCGACGUUCAUCAUGCUGCACUCCCUACUUGCGACCCUUGGCUACACUAUCAUCGCAAUCUCCGGCUACUACGAACUUCCUAACACAAUGGUCCGCUACAUGGCGCUCUACCCCGCCAUUGCGGGCUUCUUCUCAGUAAUCACCAUCAUCAUUACCUGGACGAUCAACAACCAAGAGAGUGAUAGCCAGAAAGGAACUGGGAUGGCGAUUCUGAACAUCAUUGGGCAGAUGGGGCCUCUGGUUGGGACGAGCAUUUUUCCAAAGGAAGAUGGACCAUGGUAUGUUCGUGGCAUGGGCAUCUGUGCGGCAUUCAUGUUGUCAGCCGGUGUUCUUGCAGCAGUGCUGAGGUGGGUUCUGAUCAGGGAGAACAGAAAAAUGAGAGAAGACAAGGGUGGAGGAGAUUAUGCGAGUGUUCCUCUUGAGGAGGGCGCUACUACGAGGAGAACGCAGAAGAAGUUUGAGUUCAUGUUAGCAACAACAUCACAAGAAAGUGUGCGAGAGAAGGCGGAUGGAUUCGAAAGAGAGCCAGUUGCAACAGGAAGUCCACGAAUAGCACCUCAAAAUGGUAGUCCAAUCAGCAACUUCAAGCCAGAGGCUGACCUGGAACGGGUGCCCAGAAUGUCUCGAGGCGAUACAGAAUCGAUCAAAUUUGGCGGCGAAGAAGACGAUCCGACUAUUGGCGUAUCCUUCCAGAGGUCAACGAGUCCAGCUACUGUGCACAAAAUCAAAGGUGUCACGUAUGAGAAGGUUGGCGAAAGCGGAAUCAAGCGAAUGCACAAGUUUUCGCUCUAUGAGACGCAUUCGCGCUAUUAUAUUAUUGGUUCCGAUAUCAUGGACAAACAGUACCGAGUCCUCAAGAUUGAUCGUACAGCGCCACCAGGAGUUUUGAAUAUCUUCGAAGACGAUAUCUUGUACAACGUGCGAGAGAUGAAUCAGCUGCUUUUGACUAUCGAUGAUGGUAACAAAGCGCACGGAGGCAUGAAGCUCAAGCUUGGUUUCUGGGGUUUGCUGGGCUUCGUCAGAUUCACGGAUGCAUACUAUAUGAUCUUAAUAUCGAAGCGAUCGCAAGUAGCGAUGUUGGGCGGUCACUAUAUCUACCAAGUGGACGGCACAGAGGUGGUUCCUCUUACGACUGGUCCGAUUUCACGCUUUCAGAAAGACCGCAACCCGGACGAAACGCGGUUGCUUGCUAUCUUGAGCAAUAUGGAUCUAACGCGAGGAUUUUACUACAGCUAUUCUUACAACAUCACGCGAAGUCUCCAACAGAAUAUUAUCCACGAACGAACAGCUCUCAACGAAGGAAUCGGAAAUGCUGACAGGGAUUUCCAAGAUAUGUUUGUCUGGAACAAUCAUCUUCUGGACCCUGCUCGCACUGUAUUGAAGAAUGUCUACGACUGGUGCCAGCCCACUAUACAUGGUUAUAUCGAUCAGGCCUCUCUCGAUGUUCUGGGUCGCAAGAUAUUCAUCACGAUAUUAGCUAGGCGAUCCAGACACUUUGCAGGGGCCCGGUUUCUGAAGCGUGGAACAAACGAUGAAGGGUACGUCGCCAACGACGUAGAAAGCGAGCAGAUUGUGUCGGAGGCACUCACGACAUCCUUCCACGCAGCAGGACCGCGUCUGUACUCAAACCCCACAUAUACAUCCUACAUUCAGCAUCGUGGGAGUAUCCCAGUGUACUGGACACAAGACAAUACCGGUGUCUCACCAAAGCCGGACAUCGACUUGAGCCUUGUUGAUCCCUUCUACAGCGCUGCAGCGAUUCACUUUGAUAACCUAUUCGAGCGGUAUGGCGCACCUCUCUACGUGCUCAACUUGAUCAAAGCACGAGAACGCACGGAAAGGGAGUCGAAGUUGCUUCACGAAUACAAGAACUGCAUCGACUACCUUAAUCAGUCCCUACCCCAGGACAAGAAGAUAAUAUAUGAGGCCUUCGACAUGUCCAGAGCGGCCAAGACGAGAGGACAAGACGUAAUUGGCACCUUGGAGCGCCUCGCUGAGAAGGUCCUGCAGAAAACCGGGUUCUUCCAGAACGGCGACGAGGAGUUCAAUACGCCGCAAGUACAAAACGGGGUAGCGCGGACCAACUGUAUCGACUGUCUGGACCGAACAAAUGCUGCUCAGUUUGUGAUAGGGAAAAGGGCGUUGGGUCGUCAAUUACAAGCUCUUGGCGUCAUUUCGGGGAAUACUGUUGAAUACGACUCGGACUGUGUUGAGAUGUUCACACACAUGUUUCAUGGCCAUGGAGAUGCUAUAGCAAUCCAAUACGGUGGGUCCCACCUUGUGAACACCAUGGCGACCUAUCGGAAGAUCAAUCAGUGGCAAAGCAGUUCGCGCGAUAUGAUGGAAAGCUUCAAACGAUAUUACCACAACUCGUUUCUGGAUUCUCAGCGUCAAGAAGCCUAUAAUCUAUUCCUUGGCAACUAUAUCUUCGAUCCGACUCAGCCGAUGUUGUGGGAACUGACAACAGACUAUUACCUGCAUCACGCUGAUCCGCGUUCGUUGCUCGAAAAGCCUCGUCGAGAUUAUAACCAAUGGUACACCGCCGCACAUCUCCGGGAACGCACACUUCCACCUGCGACAAUGCCAUCUAGGGUACAAAUAGCAUCGCUUGAUGUGGGGAUAAGUGCUCAUGAUGAUUACUGGCUUGAGUACUACAGACCACUGGCCAUCUCUUCGUUCCUCAAGGUCUUUGCUUUCCGGCUGUCUAACCCUCCACGUCCUGGACGAGAUUGGAGAGACAAUGUGUUUCCAUCACGUGAAGAGAACAGGUCGCCGUUUGUGCCGCGCAAGAAAGCGCAUGAACAUGAAGUGCAACGCAAAAUUUCAAAGAAAGAGAAGGCGCCCCGGAAAGGCGUCACUAUCCUCGAUCCAUCAAACGAGACUGACGCGCGCUUGAGCAACAUGAUGGCUCAGCGACGACACUAUGCACAUCUCGGCAUUCCUGAAGUCCACUCGCCUGUCAAACACUCGAUUCUUCGGGACCCUCAUUUCGAGACAUACAUGCCGUCUUCCACACCAGAAUCAUACAAUUCGAUGUACUCGCUAGCAAAUUCGACAUCGACUUCGGCGGGUCUGUCUUCAACCUUGAACAAUGGGUUCAAGCCUGCCGACAAAGCUCUCAUCAACCAGUGGACAUUGGUUCAAUUCUACGAAAACAGCAUCAACCCUUCAGUCUCUCUUGCAGAAGAAGAAGAGUACACGCGCUACAUAGAGCACCCUCUCAUCCUACCCCUCGUCGUGGGUACGGAGGUGCCAAGUGCGGACGACCCCGUUGCGACGGAAUUCUACGAGUACCUAUGCACAACUGAAGGCAGCCCCCAUAUAUCCACAAACCCAGAUGACGAAGGCGUGCGCCUCGCGCCCACCGACCUUCCCCGUCUCGACACCGACAUCAACUCCCUCUACUCCUUCCAAUCCCAAGCACGCCCCACAACUUCCCACUCCGUCAGCACACCCUUUUCCCACGCACCUUCAUACUCAUACCCAUAUCCGCACAACCCCCACCCGCACCUCGAAACCUCGUUCCUCGACGGCGUCGGCGUCGCGCCAGCGCUGCAAUCAUACACUACGCUCGGCAACGGCAAGUUCCAAACCGCGGAGGAGGACAUUGAAGAGUUUGAGGAGUUCCUCCAGGUCAAGGAUAAUCCGCUGGAUGUUGAGGAUGACGAUGGGACUGCGAAGAGGUAUAAGGCUUAUCGGCAGUGGCUGAGGGGGAAGAGUUUCUUCAAGCAAAGUAAGGUUGAUCCCGAGUGGCAGAAUCAACUCCCUGUUAGGUAGGGGGGGUUGGGCUUUUGGACUUUGGGGAGUUUUGGUUGGCGUUGUUGUGUGCGGGGUUUGCAUUGUUAGCAUUUGUUUCAUUGGGUGGUCGUUUUGGGGGGUUGUUUGGUAGUGUAUUCAAUGAGCU